UUGGCAUCUAAAAGUUUCAAGGACAAAAAUAAGACUUAGACUGAGAGUUACAGUAACCAGAAGUUCAAUUUGUGCACACUUUCCUGAUGAGAGUGACAUACUAACACAACAUCUGUCUGAAACCCAAACCUCUCUUUCCAAUGCUCACAUUCAAAGUCAACUGCUUCUUCCAAAAUCCACCCCCCUCAUUUUUCUCUUCAAAGUAAUGAGCACCUUCUCAUGAAUAUUCCCCUCCUCUCCUGCUACUCUUCUCUUCCCCUAUUUAUAGAGACCCCAACAUGACCCAGAUCUGUAGCUGUGUGGACUUGUGCAAAUACAAACUAGAAACAGAAGAGGAGGGGAAGAGAGAAGAUGGGUGGAAGCAGCCGAAGAGCUCAUCCUACUACCCAUGUGGGUCUACUACUUGUUGCGGUUUUCGCGGCGGCGCUCGCGGUGACGACGAUGACGUGCGUUGACGCGGGUGUCACGAGCGCCUACAGGCGGCAGCUGCUGGCUUCCGUCGACAUGCCGCUCGACAGCGACGUCUUCCGCGUGCCACCUGGCCGCAAUGCCCCUCAGCAGGUUCACAUAACUCAAGGUGAUCUUGAGGGCUCGGCCGUGAUCGUAUCAUGGACUACUGCCGACGAGCCAGGAUCUAGCAAGGUGCUCUAUGGAACCUCAAAGGACAAGCUCAACAAAUCCGCCAAGGGCAGCUACACUCGCUAUCAAUUCUACAACUACACCUCGGGAUACAUUCAUCACUGUGUCCUCAAGGAUUUGAUGUAUGAUACAACUUACUACUAUACCGUCGGAGUCGGGCAAACAGAAAGGCAGUUCUGGUUCAAAAGUCCACCUAAAGUCGGUCCCGAUGUUCCGUAUACUUUUGGCCUCAUUGGUGAUCUUGGGCAAACUUAUGAUUCAAACAUUACGCUCUCACACUACGACUCCAAUUCGAACUCUGGGGCGUUGCUUUUUGUGGGUGACCUCAGUUAUGCCGAUGACUACCCGUUUCAUGACAAUGUGAGAUGGGAUACCUGGAGCCGGUUUAUUGAGAGAAGCGCCGCCUACCAGCCUUGGAUUUGGACAGUCGGAAACCAUGAGAUCGAUUUUGCUCCUGAAAUUGGUGAAACUGAGCCAUUCAAACCAUUCCUACACAGGUUUCCGACCCCCUACAAGGCUUCGAACAGCACGGCUCCUUUCUGGUAUUCGAUCAAGCGAGCCUCCGCCCACAUCAUCGUCCUUGCAUCAUACUCUGCAUACGGUUAGAAUAAACUUUUGAAUCCAAGUUUGAUGUAAUGGAUUUGUAGCCUCUCUCUUCAAGAUAGUUCAACUAUUUGGUACUUAAUUUUGUUUCC